AUGUCUAAAUACAGAAUCAGUUUAUUUGAAAAUUGCUAUUGGAAUACACCAAGUCCAGAAACCGAGGAAGAGAUUUUAUCACAUUUUUCGAGGGUCAUAUCUGAGUUAAAUGAAUCGUCUGUUAAAAAACAAAUAUUGUUUGGUGUAAACGAUAUAACAAAGGCCAUAGAGAAUGAUGUUCCCAUUUCAUUGGUCAUUCUCUUUAGACCAAACGUGCCUACAACUAUAAUUCGACACAUUCCCUUAAUAUGUCGAACAAAAAAGAUUGAUUACUUGGGCUUUUUAAAAAACACGAAGAUUUCAUGUUUACACUUCAAAAAUAUAAGUUGUCUAGCAAUUAAACAUGGAGAAUGUGAAAGAAUCAAUUCAAUUGUUGAAUUAGCAUUAAAGAUUAAAUUUUAA